UAGAAGGACACCAGUGAAGGUGUAUGGGACAACAGCGCUAUGUUCAUCGUUCGUUCGUCAAUAUAUCGGCGGAUCGUGCGCGUUAUUACAUCCUAUGAUAUGCGGCUGAACUACCGUUGUCUGUUGGGGUGUGGUGCCUAGAUUCUACCUGAUAUUUCUGCAGCUUCCCAUCGGAAAUUUUAACCUAAACCACGGGAAUCCUUUUUGUCAGGCUGUUGGACUUAACUAUAUCUGCAGGAUUUACGCCAGGCUGGAAGGAGAGAACAUAUUUUCACGUUGAUAUUUUUUCGGGGGACUGGCCGUGAAAUAUAGCGGCAGAGGUGAUUGAGGCCGCACCGAACGCUUGUACCAUUUCAAAAUGGGUUGCGCAACGAGCGCAGAAGAUAAAGCUGCCGCUGAGCGGUCAAAGGCAAUCGACAGAAAUCUACGAAUUGAUGGAGAAAAGGCUGCACGGGAAGUCAAAUUGCUUCUUUUAGGAGCUGGAGAGUCAGGCAAGAGUACAAUUGUCAAACAGAUGAAGAUUAUCCAUGAAGAAGGCUAUUCUGAGGAAGAUUGUAAGCAGUACAAGCCAGUGGUUUACAGCAACACCAUACAGAGUAUGAUAGCUAUCAUUCGAGCCAUGGGCUCCCUCAAAGUAGACUUUGGCGACGGUGACAGAACGGAUGACGCACGGCAGUUGUUUGCCCUGGCUGGCCAGGCAGAGGAAGGUGAACUGAGCCCGGAAUUGGCAGCUGUCAUGAAGCGGUUAUGGGCUGAUGGAGGCGUCCAAGGUUGCUUCAGUAGAUCCAGGGAGUAUCAACUCAACGAUUCCGCCUCAUAUUACCUUAACGCUUUGGACCGACUUGCAGCCCCAGGCUACAUCCCAACACAGCAAGAUGUACUCCGAACAAGAGUCAAGACUACUGGUAUCGUGGAAACUCACUUCACUUUCAAAGACCUUCACUUCAAGAUGUUUGAUGUGGGAGGACAGCGUUCAGAGAGGAAGAAAUGGAUUCAUUGCUUUGAAGGAGUGACAGCAAUCAUCUUCUGUGUGGCUCUGAGUGCCUACGAUCUGGUCCUAGCUGAAGAUGAAGAAAUGAACCGCAUGCAUGAGUCUAUGAAGCUAUUUGACUCCAUCUGCAAUAAUAAGUGGUUCACUGAGACCUCCAUCAUCCUGUUCCUCAACAAGAAGGAUUUGUUUGAGGAGAAGAUCACCAAGUCACCACUCACCAUCUGUUUCCCGGAGUACACUGGCUCCAACACAUACGAGGAAGCAGCGGCCUACAUUCAGAUGCAGUUUGAGGAUCUGAACAAGCGUAAGGAUCAGAAGGAGAUCUAUACUCACUUCACAUGUGCCACAGACACCAACAACAUCCAGUUUGUCUUUGAUGCUGUCACUGAUGUCAUCAUUAAGAACAAUCUCAAGGAUUGCGGUCUAUUUUAAACCAGAUUAAAGCUUAGCCGGGGGUACCAUGCCUGAUGAAGGAAGCAUUUGAAGCAUGAUUAAAUCCAUGAUAGGUUUGAAGGACAGUUGACUGGUCUAGCUACGGCCAAUCACUCAGAUAUGCACCAAGCAUUGGCUUUGUCAACACACACGUUCAUGCAUUACUACGGAACCAGUCUACUGGGGCGUGUCAGUGUUCGACUGUUGUCAUGGUUAUAAGCUAAGGUGAACAGUGUAAGACAUUCUCUAGGGGAUCUGGAAUUUAAAAAGGGAGUAACUUGUAAACAAAUUCAUUGACUGCACAAUCAUAGUUUUGUAAGUGGACUUGUAGUAAACUGUGGAGCCGAUUGGUUUUUCUUUUAAAUGCUUUAAGAUGCUGUUUUCUUCUAUCACGUUAAUGCUUGUUGUAUUUGCACGGAUUAUGUACAAAAUGAAUGAGUACCAACUUGAGCAUGUGGCCACCGUCUUAGGACAUACACCUGCUUAAUUGAUGGAGUAUAAUCACUCACGAAUUGAAUUUAUUAUUCCCAUGUAUAUUUGACAAUAACAGGUGUAUUGAGAAUCAUAGUGUGGAUUGUUCAUGUGUAGCCUGGGUGGGGGGGGGACAAAAGGUCAAGUAGCAGUGUACAAAGCAAAGUCAUUUCCAGUUGGGCCGACAAGAGUUGAUAAAUAUAAAACGAGGAAAAUAUGACUCGUUUUAAGCACUGUCAAAAAACUAUGAAAAUAUAAAAAUCUAAAACCCUGAAUAUUGAUACUCCAGAUUCUUCGGACUACAUGUACAAAUUGGAUGCCUUUUUAUUUAACAUACAUGCAGAUGAGAUGCAUUUUGUUACCCCCAAAAAAUCCCUUUUAAGAGCUUUCUUAAUAACAAGAUAGAUAAAACUGGCCCCAAAAAAGGUUUUCCAUAUUAACAAUUUCUUGCAAUGGAUAUGAAAAACACAUUUUUUUUUCUUCUCGAUAUUGCAUCUCAAUUUGUUCUUAAAGUUUGUAGGCCCUAGAGAAGAAUGUAAGUAAAUUAAAAAAAAAAAUUAAAUUUGCUUCACCUAUGUAUAAUUUGAAUUGUGCAUGUAGAAAAAUCAUUAAACAUAAUGUUUAUUUGCAUAAGAUUAUUACAUGGUUUUAAGUCAUUACUCAUUUAUUGUUAAAGUAAUGUUUAAUUGUUUAAAACUGCAACCCUUUUAAAAGAAUGAUUGUGUAUAGUUGAAAACAAAAGAGUAUUAAUGAAGAAAGGACCAGUUUAUGAUGUAAAUGUAAAAUCGUACACAAAUAGAAAUGCACUCUCUUGCUUUGAAACAAAAUUAUUUUAUUGAAACAUAAUUGUUGUUUCCUUCAUUUUUGAAUUGCUUUUAAUUGAUAAAGAACACUUCAAUCAAAAUUGGGUUGUUUUCUUUUGGAUGUAAAGUGUUUCAGAGCAGAUCAUGACUUUUGUUUUUGAGAUUAAAGUGCAUGUCAUGUACAGACAAAUUUUAGGAUUUAUUCCGUCAGCUUAGGGAAAAAAAUCUUGUGUCCUAGAAACUUCAAGUGAAGAUUGUGAUGUUGGUGGCACUAUGUAUUUUCACAACGUAGACUUUUUUACUGAGCCCACUAUGUGUGCGCCUGUGAUUUCGUGAAGAACAGAACAUUUCUUGGAAGUUUGCACUUUUAAAACGUAAAUCCUGAAAUUUGUGUAAUAUUAAAAUAAAUAACUAUUACGUGUUGACUGUAUAUGAGUGCCUAUUGGUCCCCAUUGUAGUUUAAAAAAAAAAAUACCAAAAAAAAAAUACACCAGAAAAGCUGAAAAAAUAUUUUGAGAUUAAAAUGAGUUAGAAAUGGUACACUAAGAGAUGUUAGUGUAAAUACUACAGCAGAACGGACAAUUGACUUCAUGUACUUGGUAGGGCAAUGGUCAUGUUUGGAGUCAGGAAAUGAAGUAGAGUUAUUGUGAUAAUGGUGCAGUGUAUGUACAUGUAGAUGUAACUGAUGUAGUGCUAGCUUGCUUAGAGAUACAAGCCGCCGCCUUCAUCCAAUGUUUGAAUCUUUCAUCUUUGUUUUGUGCCCUCUUUGAGUCACUUAUGUACAGCACAAAGUGUUAGCAAAUCACAGCUAAGUUGCGGCCCCAUUGUCUGAAUUUAUUUGAAAAUGAUUUUUAUUCCCCAUUUUUUUUUGUCUGUGUGUGGUUACCAAUGUAAUAUAUAUGAACCCCGUAGUGUGUUAAAGCCAUUUCAUUUACAAUGUGACUUGCAAGGAAUGCCCAUCCGUGUACUCAUUAAAAUUACGUUUAAUUAACAAAAGUAUAAGUCUGUUUUGUUUUUCUAAAUGUAUAUUUCAAAAAUUAUCCCACACGUGUAAAUGUAUGUCAUUUAUAAUCAGAUUUUUUUUGUGGAUUAUGUUCAUCAUCGUCAUGGUAACGUAAACUUGCUUUAAGGUGCAAGAUUAUACUAGUUGAUAGCAUUAAAGUCAUUAUUAGCUUAAACAAAAAAAGUGACAUUGCAUUUAAUAACAACAUUUUAUUGAUGUGAAUAUCAAAUAUAUAAAAAAAAAAUGUGUGGUCCAAAGUAAACUCUUAAAAUAUCAGGACAAUUUUUAAAUUAAUAAAAAUAUCCUUUCAGGAUAAAAAUGUGUUAGGGUAGUACCAAGAUAAAUUGGGCUUUCACACAUCCGUUGGCAUAGUAACAGUAUGUUUUUGAAUGCUGUUUAUUUGCUUAAAUUAUAGCAGCAGAAACACUCCUCAAUACAUGUAAGCAGACCACUGCUGUUGCUGGUCAAGCGAAGAUCAAAAUAGCCAGGUGGCUUGUCGGAACUUUCCGACAUACAAUCUGCUUCAAGGAACUUUGACCCAACAUCUAAAUCAGUCCGACCUAUUCCAUUUGCGAGGACAAUUAAAUUUUUUAAGCCAUUGCCAACAAAAAUGAAGUGUCUCAUUGGCUGACUAGUGGUCUGAAUUGGUGUGUUUAGUGUUGAAGUCAAUUUUCACGAAAAAUAAUUGAUUGCCUCACAAAAUCCGCAUGGCUGAGUAGAUUGGUUUGGUCAGACUCACAGCUGUGACUUGCAAAUCUUACAUUGUGUAGUUCACAGCAAGGGCAUAAAUGACGCUACAACAGUCCACGACGCCAAUGAGCCAUUUCAUAUUGGUGAAGUUGACCAAUACACAUGCACAUAGAUCAAAGUGCCUGGUAACACCAUAUCCACUUCAGCUAGAGGGGUAAAAACCAGCAGACACUAGUCCUGCUGUUCAAAGUGUCGAAUACUAUUGUUUGGAAAAACCUGGAGUAAUUUGCUCGACUUCUUUCUUUCAGUUUCUGUGUAUGACACAUUUAUUGUACAUGUAAUUCAUCUUUGAUUAUGUAAAACAAAUAUUAUGGUUCAUAAAAUAUCUUUCACUUUAGAUGUAUUGUUGAUGAAGUACAUGUAGUGUCAGGCAACAGACCAAACAAAGGAAGGGGGAAAUUGAAAUUGCAUGGAUAGGUCCCUCAAAGAAAUUUCAUUGAUGUCAGUUUUUUUAUGUAUGAAUCUCUGGUUAGCAUCGAAACUACCAGACUAUACACGCAGUAUUUUUAAAUUAAUCUGACAUUUCAUUAUGGACCAAUAUUGAACUACAUCGAGUAGAAUAAACAGUUUAUUCUCGGCAAACUUUGUUGGGGAUUCUCACAUUGUGGCCAACAAGAAUAGCAGCCAUUUUAGCACCGUUUAAACCAGAAUUCCGGUUUAUAGAACCGGUUUCAUAAAAAUGGAAUCCAUGAUUUGUUACAUUUAAAAUGUAAAUUAACUGUUCAUUAUUGAAGAAGUACAUGUAUAACACAGGCUGCCAUAAACAUAUGAACAGGUUUCAAUCCAUUUUGAAUUCCUUUUCCCACCUGCAUGUAUGUAAUUUACUGGAAUUUGGGAGUAAAAAUUCCCCUGCAAAGCUCGAUGUAAUUUUGUUUAAAACUAAGAUGUAUCUUACAAAUUGCUUAUCCAUCUCUUUUAACCAAAAAAAAAAAAACCAAGUCAUUAAGGACUUGAUCAGGAAUCUUUGUAAUUAACUGCAGUUAUAAAAGCCUGUCCGUUAUAGUCUUGUUUAAUAUGAUCACGUAAUUUGUCAAUUUGUGAAGAAAAACAAGUGUAGCAGUAGAACAUUUCAAAUACAAUGGAACC